AUGUCGCUGCAUGGAUUGAUUCUCAACAUGAUAGUAGUUAUCUUUGCUAGUAAAGUAACUUCUCUAAAAAACGCAUUUGGCCGACUAUCCGUUAGCCAGUCUGCUGGAGAGGUCGUGUUUUGUUCUAUAUAUUUUUUCUACUACAGUCCGAUGGUUUUCUUGUGAGU